UAUGAAAUUGUCCCUUUUUCUUUCAUUAAAGCCCGAUCGCUUUCGUCGUUCCCCUUUGACCCUUUUCGUCUCUUCGCCCUCACUCGUCCGAUCUCCCUCCACAUCUUUGAGAUGAGAAACAGGGAAACCCUAGACGAAGGAAUAUUGAGAAGUUCUGAAGACGACCUAUCCCUUUUGAAAGCACUGUAAUUGAUGGCAUCUAGGUCUCUUUUUUACCUGUGAAAUACAUGUUUUUGUGCCUCUUCUGCACUAUUCCGACAAUCUCGGAGGAGGAUUUCGCGUAGGGUGCUCAUCUGGGUUCAUCUAGCAGCAGCAUGAAUACCUUUGCCAAUGGACUCACCGGCAAGGCCGUCUCUUGGGCAACAGAAAUGGUGAGGCGUGGGAGGUUUGAGCUAUUGAUCAAAAAGUUCAAACGCACGUAUGCGGAUGCUGCGGAGAAGGAGCGGCGAUUUGCAAUCUUUUGCAAAAAUGUGGACUUUAUAAACAAGUGCCGUGCAGAGAAGCGAAUGGUUAAGGGACCACGUUCCCGGGUUGGGCUAAACACGUUUUUCGACAUGACACAUGAGGAGAUAGUUGGAAAUUAUUGCCGGAGGGUAGUGAGAAGCAGUGCAAAUGAGGUCAGGGCAAAUGAGCUUGGCAAAUCGACACAGUUUCCAUCAGAGGUGGGUGCUACUAGCGGGCAAGAGAUCCAGAAGAAGAAACUCUGUCUGCUAUGCAGGCAGCCACUCCAAAAUAUUGGUCCGGAUGGUGCUGUUGCUGUUGAGUAGAUUUUAGUCUUGCGGGUCUCUGGAGGUUUCCGCUAUUCCAGUGAUGUUCUACUUUACUUGUGUUUUAACUUAUGAUGGAACUUGUAGUAUGUAGGAGGCCGUAUAAGCUUAUGUUAUAACUACCGCUAUUCUAGUGAUUUUCUACUUUGCUUGUGUUAUAACUUAUGAUGGAACUUGUAGUAUGUAUGAGGCCGUAUAAGCUUAUGUUAUAACUACCGCUAUUCUAGUGACGUUCUACUUUGCUUGUGUUAUAACUUAUGAUGGAACUUGAAGUAUGUAGAAGGCCGUGUAAGCUUAUGUCAUAACUUAUAAUUGAUGGUGGCCAAAUCUGAACCUUAUAUAUAAAAAUUCUUUACUCCUUGCUCCUCA